AGCGGCAACAUUCAACAUGGCGGCGAACAGAGCAGGCAAGUCUGCUGUUGUUCUGUCGUCUGUUCCUCUCCAGCUCCUGCUCUACCUGACAGCUCUUUACUAUGUCUUCUACUUCCUCUCUACAUUCUGCAUGAUCAUCUACAAGAGUCGUAUUAUGAGCUACCCUGAUGACCUCCUAACCCAGGACGUAGGUCUGCUCUUCUUCAUGGCUUGUCUUGAGCUGUUCCGACUCUACUGUGGUGUGAGGGGUAACCUGCAGGAGACGGAGGGUUAUAUGUGGGCUAACCUGGCCAUGACGGUGGCUACGGCCCUGUUGUCCGUCUACUUCCUGGUAUGGCAGCUGUACGUGAUGCAUGCUGACGUCAUCAUCAACGCCAUACUGCUCAGUGUUUACGGACUGGGAGGGGUCCUAGGUCUGGCCACACUGGCUAGAUUCACCAGUGUCUACUCCUGACCCCAACAAUUAUAGCUGCACUGACAGCACCUCCAGAAUUUCCUUCUAUUCCUUCACUACCAAACCUUAACUACCACUCCUUCACUACCAAACCUUCACUACCACUCCUUCACUACCAAACCUUCACUACCACUUCUUCACUAUCAAAACUUCACUACCAAACCUUCACUACCAAACCUUCACUACCACUCCUUCACUACCAAACCUUCACUACCAAACCUUCACUAUCAAACCUUCACUACCAAACCUUCACUACCAAACCUUCACUACCACUCCUUCACUAACAAACCUUCACUAACAAACCUUCACUACCAAACCUUCACUACCAAACUUUCACUACCAAACCUUCACUACCAAACCUUCACUACCACUCCUUCACUACCAAACCUUCACUACCAAACCCUCUGCUGCAACAUUGGAGAUGUCUGAGCAUCAAUGUGGGUGUUGGGGGGAUUCAGAAUGCUAGUGGUAUCCUGUCCCGGAGCUCUACAAUUCCUUUGACCUCGUGGCUUGGUCUUUGCUCUGUCAACUGUAGGACCUUAUAUAUAGACAGGUGUGUUUCCAAAUCAUGUCCAAUCAAUUGAA